AUGGUUGUCCAUUCCAAGGACGAAACCUUGAUGUGCAAGGUGUUCCCUUCUAGUCUGGGACCCGUGGCAAUGAGAUGGUUCGAUGGCUUAAGGGCGGGUUCCAUUGGUUCAUUCAAGGAGCUCACCCAGGCAUUUGACUCUCGUUUUAUCACUUGUAGCAGGGUUCCUUGGCUCUUAGAUUCCCUACUGUCUUUGUUCAUGCGAGAAGGGGAGACCUUGAAAACGUACUUGAGCAGAUACUGGGAGAUGUACAAUGAGAUAGAUGGUGAGUUUGAUGACAUGGCCAUCAGUACUUUUAAGGUUGGCCUCCCAACCAAGCACGGUUUAAGGAAGUCUUUAACAGGAAAGCCUGUCACCAGCUUGCGCCAACUUAUGGAUUGGAUUGACAAGUAUAAGAGGGUUGAGGAAGACCAGCAGCAGGGGAAAGGAAAGGAUAAGGUUAUCCUUCAGGAGAUGAGGGAUUUCAGGUCGGACCGAUACAACAACAACCGGCCUCGAAGAGACUUUGCUGGGCAGUCAGGGUCUGCCAAUACUCAGGCGAUUAACGCGGUGUUCCGGGAACCGGUGCAUCAAAUUCUUGAGAAGAUUAAGAAUGAGUCAUUCUUCAAAUGGCCAAAUAAGAUGGCAGGAAACCCCAUGAGGCGUAAUCAGAACCUUUAUUGCCAAUAUCACUAG